GGGAGAGAGAGAGAGAGAGAGAGAGAGAGAGAGAGAGAGAGAGAGAGCAAUGGAGUCCGACAUGGAGAUGAGCUUGGAUUUCUCUUGGGAGACGCCUAGCUUCUUCGAGCUCUGCGACGCAGAUAGCAUGCACCUGCCAGCUGAGGACUCUCUGUCCUGUCUGUACGAGCACGGCGACUCAACUAGCUCGCCGGACGGCGCCAACUCGGGGCUGACGAGGAGGUGGGCUGGCAGGAACAUGCUCAACGAGAGGGACCGGCGCAGGAGGCUCAACGAGAAGCUCUACGCCAUUCGCGGCGUCGUUCCAAACAUCACCAAGAUGAACAAGGCGUCCAUCAUCCAGGACGCCAUCGCCUACAUCGAGGAGCUGCAGGAGCAGGAGCGCCAGAUUCUCGCCGCCCCUGGAACAGAUGGCUGCGCCGCCGUGGUCCAGGCGGACUCGACCGUGGACGACGGCGUCGGCUCCCCGCCACGGACUACCUCCGCCUCCUCCAUCUGUUCCCCUUCCCCGCAUCCGGUCCAAAUCCUCGAGCUGGAGGUGACGCAGGUGGCAGAGGAUUUGGCAGUGGUUAACGUGAGACAUAGAAAAGCGCAGGAGGCCAUGGCGAAGGUGUAUGGGGUGCUCGAGUCGCUCUGUCUCAAUGUCAUCACGGCAAGUGUGACCGUCGUGUCCGACAACAUUGUCCACAACAUGUUCAUCGAGUUGAAUCUUGAAGGUGUGGGCGCACUACAUUAUGGAAUGGAGGGAGUAUUGUACUUCAUCAGAAAAUUGUAUUUUUCAGACGGAUGGAAUGGAUUGUGCUCAAACGAUCAAGGAGAUGGUAAAGUCUCACUCAGUCAUCUCAAUGUGAGAAGAAGAUCACCGAAGUCCAUGAAUCCCUAAUGAAGAUUAGAUGUUGCAAGGAAUGCACAAAUUGGCAGCCCAAUUACCUACACCUUGUUCAGUUUCACUCUCAUACUAUAGUCAUCUUCAAAUAAUGUGACAACAGUUGAAACUAACUAUAUGGCUGAAGAAAUAGUCAUGUUCUAUGGACUUAAUGCCAGCAUGCACUCCAUAUAAAUUGGAAAUUAUGCAAAAACAUAUGGUAUAUCCUCUCUGAUUA